CACUCGUUCUGCUCCAAAGGAUAUAGAAGGAGAGAACAGUGUUUGUAGAGAGACAAAAUCUAGAGUGAGAGAGAGCGAUGACGAUCAAAGCAGCGGCGCCGGCGGUAAUGGGAGGAGGCGGCGGAGGAACUGUACUCUGCUCGCACCGAAUCGGUCUCUUCAGUCGCAAGUAUAUUCUCUCUCUAAACCGCCCUUCGUCGACGCUUCCUCGACCUAACCCUCGCACAGGUUUGAGCAUCUUCAUCAAUCAAGAACUCGUUUUCUCCCAAUCUCACCACCGUUUGAGACUCAAUUUCAUCGCCAGAGCCGCUGAUUCGACCCAACCUUCCUCCGCCGCCACCGCUGACAAGCCAAUUGUGUCUGAUGACGAGUUCUCGCUAGCUAAGGUUUCAUUUGGUGUUAUUGGACUGGGUCUUGGAGUUACACUCCUCUCGUAUGGUUUUGGGGCAUACUUCAAUAUCCUACCAGGAUCUGAGUGGUCUGCAUUGAUGCUUACUUACGGCUUUCCUCUUGCAAUAAUAGGCAUGGCUCUCAAGUAUGCAGAGCUUAAACCAGUGCCAUGCUUGACUUACUCAGAUGCUCAGAUGUUGAGGGAAAAUUGUGCCACUCCAAUUCUUAAACAGGUCAGGGAUGAUGUUAUUAGAUACCGUUAUGGGGAUGAGCAACAUUUGGAAGAGGCACUGAAACGAAUAUUUCAAUAUGGUCAGGGUGGAGGAAUUCCACGAAGGAGUGCACCUAUACUGCAAAUGAUUCGUGAAGAAGUCACUGAAGAUGGUAAAUACUGUCUAGUCUUGGUGUUUGAGGCAAGAGGUCUGCAGUUGUCAGAUUUUGAAAGAAGACAGGCAAAAUUUGCUUCGUUCUUCGGACCAGGGAUCACUGCUGAAGUUGGGAAGGGAGAAAAAGAUCUUUAUGAAGUUCGACUUAUUUCCAACACGACGUUGUAGUGAAGUGUAUGAUUUCUAUGCAUCUGUAUAAAAAUAUUGUAAUCAUUCUGUAUAAAGAGAAAUGAAAUUAGAGGGAAGAAAUACAUUACUACUCCCAAAUUCUCUUCUCCCCUCAAUGCUACAUGCCUUAAAUCAAUCAACACGUUGCUUUUUUGCUAA